AUGAGCGGCUCGACCGAGUACACAGACGCCAAAGGGGUCGUGUAUGCUCUCCAGGCGGGAUAUGAGCACGGCGAGAUCGCGAUAUUGAGCGAUGACAAGGCGGCGUGGAGGGUCAGUCAAGCGGUCUUGACCGAGGCGAGUCCGGUAUUCAAAGACAUGUUCGCCGGCUCCUCCGCCAGCCCCAAAGAAGUCAACCUCCCCUCCAUCACUCGAGCCCAACUCGACCUAUUCAUCCGAAGCAUACACGGCCGAUCACCUCUUCAGCCACCCUCCUUUUCCGAGGCGAGCGAGGUCGUCGAGCUUUUGAUACGGUACGACUGCGCCAUCCCUGCUCGGCAGCUCCUCUUUCGCACGGUCAAGGACAUACGCGUCGAGGAUCACUUUGAGGCGCUGGCCUUCGCCAGCCGCCUGGAUGAUCUCAAGAGCGCCUGCCGGAUCAUCUCGCAGGGCUGGAAGUGGUGGGCGCAAGAGUCGGAGGCCGACUCCCGAUCGCUCUGCCCAGAUCAUCUCGAGGUGCCCCGGACGGCCGAGGAUGCGGGUCGGAUACGAUCUUCCUGGGUCUGGGCGCUUACACUUGCCUCUGGUACCCUUUGGAAGAGACCAGACCUCAUGGUGCGCCCAGAAGAGGCUGUGAACGGAGGGGAGGAAGUGCGGGAGGGGGAAGAUGAGGGGAUGAUCAAUGCUGUUCAAGUCGAAGGGGAGAUGGAAACCGAUGAGGAGGAUGGGGAUUCGUCUAGCCGGUGUUCUGGCGUGUGUUUGUGGGCGAGUUUAUGGUCAACCUGGUACAAUAGACUAUAUACCUUCUCGAUUCUAUCCGACUGCCUAGUACCCAUCGCGGAACACUCGGUCCCCAGGUCGAUAACGUGUACGCUUCACCUCGUCCAGCAUGCCCUCAACACACCAUCCGCUCUUCCGCCGAUCGCUCGACUCUUCCUGGACAUCACGCCUUGGAGGAUAUCCGCAUUCUCCUUUCGUGGUGAAGCUUCUGUAGCGUAUCUGGAACAAAUAUCUUGGGCCGGGCCGUUGAUCAUAGCAUACACAUCGCAUGAACAUGUCCGCACUAUCGCUGCGUCUCCUCAAACCGAUCAGACCCAGCGACUGCUCCACCUUUUCCUCCACGGCCCACCCUUCUCCGCGGCAUGA